UUCGAAAAAAAAAAACAGAGUUAGCGUAACUACCCACUUACCAUAUAUUAUUUUUUGGCAGCAGACUGUUUUGUUUCUUUGGUUUGGGUUGUCAGUCAUUUAUUUUCUUCAUUAUUUCCCAUCUUCCGUUACUCUCCAUUCUUCCAAAACCCAUCACUUUUAGAUCCUUCAUCAUCGCUCUCAUCCUUACGUUUUCUUGAGUGUGUAUUUGCAGAUAUAUUUAUACUGGUGUUGUACCAUUCUUGCAUUCUUGGGAAAUUAUUUAUUUCGUCGUGAACUAGGAAAUGUUGGGAGGCAACAACAGUAAUCCUCUGCUGCCUGUUUUUGUGGACGAUAAUCGCAUACCAUAUCAACCUAACCCUUCAAAUCAGCUUCAAUUAUUUAAUAAUUUUCCAGCUGGAUGUAGUGUUGAUCAUGUGAAUUAUUUUGGGAACGAGCAUAUGACUCCUAUGCUUCGGCCCAAUAAAAGAGGAAGGGAAGCAGAAGAUUUCAGCAGACAGCAAAAGUUGCAGAUUUCCUUAAAUUAUAACAUAUGUCAAGAUGAAGUUGACCGCUCAGGGAGUGUUCCGAACCCAAAUGCUGUGUCUACUGGGUUACGGUUAUCUUAUGAUGAUGAUGAGCGCAACUCAUCUGUAACUUCUGCAAGUGGAAGCAUGACAGCGCCGCCAUCAAUUCUCAUGUCCCUCGGUGAAAAUAUUAAGACUGAGCUUGAUCGGCAGAAGGAAGAAUUUGAUCAAUAUAUAAAGAUUCAGGAGGAGCAUUUGGCUAAGGGGGUGAGGGACAUGAAGCAGAGACAUAUGGCUUCCUUCCUUGCAUCCAUCGAGAAAGGCGUAAGCAAGAAAAUGCGGGAGAAAGAACUUGAGUUGGAGAACGUUAACCGUAAAAACAAGGAAUUGAUGGAGAGAAUAAAGCAGGUGGCAAUGGAAGCGCAGAACUGGCAUUACAGAGCAAAGUACAAUGAGUCGGUCGUGAACGUUUUGAAAAACAAUCUUCAACAAGCUAUUUCCCAGGGAGCCGAGCAAGGGAAAGAAGGGUUCGGAGACAGUGAGGUCGAUGAUACUGCCUCGUACAUAGACCCGAACAACUACUUGAACAUGCCGGUUGGUUCCGGAAGACCCGUGGGACGGAAUCAUCAAGGACAUAUGAUGUGUAGAGCUUGCAAAGUAAAAGAGGUGUGCAUGCUGUUAAUGCCAUGUAGGCAUCUAUGUUUAUGUAGAGAAUGUGAUAUGUUAAUUGGUGUUUGUCCAGUAUGUCAAUUGAUCAAAACUUCAAGUGUUCAAGUGUAUUUGUCCUAAAAUAUGAAAAUCUGAGGGCUGUGAGGUAAAUAUGCAAGUUUGUGGGGGGUAUGGUUGAAAUAUGAGUUGUAUGAGAAGUAACUCUAUUUCAUUAAAAGAAAAAAAAAAGAAACAAAAAUUGAGUGAUUA